GUUCUACUUUCAUCUAGUGGUGGAAUCACUGUAAAUAGCUAUGGAUUUUUUGAAUGGACUAUUCGGAAGUAAGAAGGGAGUUGAAAUCAAGAUCCAGCUUCAUGAUGAGAAAGACAUGAGUGCUUACCAUCUGGAGUUGCAAAAUGGGCAAUCAUUUGAUUUCCCCAUUGUCAGUGCAAAGGACGAUAUCUCGGGUACUGUCAAGAUUCGUUGUCCUAAGGGAACCCGCUUGGAGCACACAGGCGUGUUAAUUAAACUUAUUGGCUGUGUGAUUGACUACAAGACUGGAACGGAUGUGACUGAGUUUGUAAACGAGGAGAAAGAUUUAGAGAAACCGGGCGUCAUAAUGGGCAAGAAAUCGUUAAAAUUCGCGUUUAAGAAGGUCUCGAAGAAGUACGAGAGCUACUACGGAGUGAAUGUCCGCAUUCGUUACUACCUCCGCAUAGAAAUCAGCAAAGCGUUUGGUCCGAUGCUGACGGAAGAGAAGGACAUCUGGGUGCUUCGAAAGGACAAAGAGCCGAGUUCGAACCGCGACAUUAAGAUGGAGGUGGGCAUCGAGGAUUGUUUGCAUAUCGAAUUCCAAUACGACAAGGAGAAGUACCAUUUAGGCGAUGUAAUCACGGGAACCAUUCAUUUCAUCCUUGCGCGCAUCAAGAUCAAACACAUGGACAUCGAGAUCAUCCAGAAGGAAUACGUCGGAAAGGGCGAUAAGGAGGUUGUGGAGUCUGAAACCAUUGCGAAAUACGAGAUUAUGGACGGCAUGCCGGUGAGAGACGAAAUCAUCCCGGUUCGCUUCUACCUGAAGCCGUACGAACUGGCGCUCACGCCGACGCUCAACAACGUGCUGAAGUUGUUUUCGGUGAAAUACUUCAUUAACUUGGUGUUGGUGGAUAUGAACGAUUGCAGAUUCUUUAAACAACAGGAGAUCAUUCUGUGGAGAAAGUCAGACGGAUCGGAGUAGCUCGUUUGUUUUGUCUUGUUUUGUCUUGUUUUGUUUUU